GUAGUUUAAAUUUCUAGUAUUUUUAUUUGAGUACGUAUGAAGUGCUAUAUAACGAUACUUAUACUAUGCUAUUUAUCCUUGAAUCGUAUCGCUACUUCCCGUAACAGCCUACUGAUUUUAUCGACUCAACUUUUCCCCGUUUUUACACUCCAUCAACAACGUUAGUUUGCGUAGUCAAUCAUAUCAAAGCUCAUUUAAGGGCAUUCUCGUGGCAGGUUGAUUAAAAAGUUAACGGCCGUUAAUAAUCGCGGAGGUCGUGGCGGGAGUUGCCUCGGCAACAGAACGAGUGCACGCAACAGCUGUUCCGAGUCGAAACUGUGAAGGGUAGUAACGGCAUCAUGUUAUAUCAUCAUCUUAAGCCUGUUAAGAAAAAAUAAUUCAAUAAUUUGGUCCGUAGUAAUUUGUACAAAGAGAGAGUGCACACCUGAGGUACAGACCCACAAAGGGAGGGCUAAAUUCAUUACAGACUUGCCGGGUGUGGAGCAUUAUCCUGCUGACGGAGGCCACUGUCAUCGGGGAAUACCGUUGAAGGGGUGUAUUUAGUUUGCAACAAUGUUUAUGUAGGUGGUAUGUGGCGAGAAAACAUCCAGUCAUUCAAUGUCAGGACCCAAGGCUUCCUAGCAGAUCAUUGCACAGAGCAUCACACUACCUAAGAUGACUUGCCUUCUUCCCAUAGUACGUUCUGACGCCAUCUCUUCCCCAGCUCUGUCUGAACACAGACUUCAUCUACCCAUCCAUCCAUCCAUCCAUCCAUCCAUCCAUCCAUCCAUCCCUUCUGACUCAGCUAUGGUCAUGGUUGUCCCUGGAAGCAAAGGAUGUUAGACGAUGUAACUCGAGUUUCAAAGAGGGCCCUUGCGUCCAAUCAGCAUCAAGCUUGGUUCUAUGCUGGAUUCUUCUGUAUAAACGUUCUAACAUUAACCAGGUUUUAUAGACCUUCUGAAUGCAAACUGGUGGAUGGUUUAUUUAGGUGUGUGUGUUGUUUACACACCCUCUGCUUUCUUAGUGCACCACAUAUGCUUGAACAACCUUUUAGACAUAUCAUAUGCCUAUAACGGAAAGUGUUCUCACAGAUUGCUACAUCGAGACCAUGAAGGAAACACCCACACACAAAACGCCCACAGUAAACCUGCACCCUGUCUGAGAGGGUGUGCUGGGGUGUAUGUGUACCCGGCUUGGUAUAGAGCUGGCGGGCUGCUCAGGUGGGCUCAUGAUGCAUCCGAUCUGAGGGGCUCGGACAAGCACAGCUGCUGGGGUGUAUGGGGGGAGGGAGGAGUGGGCUUUGUUGUGUCCUCGGUCUGUAAAACUUGCUCUUUGGCCCCCAUGUACAUUUUAAGCACUGUACAGUGUUUGUGUUUGUUUGUGUGUCUGUCCAAGAUUCCAUUUAUACUGAAGGUUUGUAAUGCUCACGGAAUGUGCAGCCUUCUAUAAUUACAUUUUCAUUUUAACUCUGCAUGCCUUAUGCACAAUAUCAAACUCCUCUGGCUGCUUUCUGCAUUUUAUUCUGCUCUGUAGCUAUAACAGGUACAGCUCUUCGGAGCCUAAAACCGCUCUUUCUUGGUGUUUAUUAUUUCAGGAUGUCAGUAAAUGUUGAUGAUGGCUCUGGGCUUUGUUUUAUCUAGAGCCACAUGUUUUUUUUUCUGUGGAAUUGAGUGAUCAUUCCUUUAAAGCUUGGAGCAGGAGCUGUCAGACUAGGUCUAUGAUUAGCUCCUUUGAGAUAUAACACUAAUAUCACAAAAUGUUUGUUUCUUUAAAUCAUAGUCUAAGGGCAUUUCAAUGUCAGUAGCCUAGUUGUGUAACUGUGGUAGUUGAGUGCAUAUAUGCACGGCCGAUAGAUCAGGGUUUAUGGGAAUGGCUUAGUUUUACAUGAUUAUAAUGAUCUUACCAUCCACAACAGCAAAGAAGUUGGCUGAUACCAGAUAUGCCUGAUAUUAAUUCAUGUGACAUGUCAUUCUCAUAACAUAUAUGGGACCAACUAAGAGGGUGUGGUCUCCAGACUUUAUGUAGAGUUUAUUACCUGACAGCUGUAAGAUGGAGAGCUGUACACUCCUGGCACCAUUUGCAGGAGGAAGGAUGCUGAGGCCUCACAGUGACGAGGUGGGAUGGGGGACUGAAUCCUCCAUGAAGGAGGCACCCAACGAUUCAGCAUGCGCUCCGCGUUCAGGACUAGCGGUGAAUAAUGUUAACCAUAGUUUGUCUGUCAUAUGUAUGUUUGGUGAUGUAAACACCAGCAGAAAAAUAGCAAUUCUGUAUGUCCUUCAAUUGUAGCAAGCCCUUAAAUCUAUUACCAUUUUUGCACCACUUAUCUAGUACAGGGUCCUGGGAGGUGGGUCUAGAAUCAAUCUUAUGAGAGCAGGAUGCCCGCACAUCACAGGCAACUGUUAAUGGCAGUUUAAAUUGGCCAGUUCACCCAACUACUGUACAUGUUUUUGGAGUGGAAAAGGAAGAAGCCAUGCACUGCUGGGAGUUCAUGCAAGCACCUUGAUGUCGGAGUCAAACCUGCAAACCUGCUUGUGUGAGCCAAUAGUGUUACCCACUGGGCCACCACACCCCCCACUUUGAUUUUUUCUCAUGGCCGUGGUUGGUGAGUAUGAAACACAUGAUGCAUCAGUUUGUUACUGAAAUCCGCAUCUGUCGUAAGAUGCCAUCAUUAGAGCUGCGGUGGUGUUUGCUUCAGCCUUCUUUCACAUAAGCCGUUCUUAUUCACCCUUAGUGUUGAAAGGCAGAGCCGUUAGCCCUGUGUAGCCUGUGAAGCUACGGGACACUGAGCCUCUGAAAUGAGUCGGCCAUACUGUAAGUGGGCCGUUUCCCCCCACUGUUUCCAUGCAUAUUUCAUUAGUUCUCACUCGUAAAAAAUUUAGCACAGAAAGCAUGAAAGUAGAUUUUCUAUAAGACAUGUAAAACUCUCAGUUCUGCGCUGAUGGGACGCAUUGCGUUGGCAAAAGCACAUGCACAGUCAUGGUCUUUGUUUGCCGUGGACUGAUAGAUGUGGGGAAGCAGCAGUUGUGAUUCGCCUGAGAGCUGAAUCUUCUCACGCUUGCUGAUUGUCUCGUUGCUGUGUAGUUUGUCAUAGCCACUGCUGGACUCCAGUAUGUUUCCAUUAUUCCUGCUCAACAUGCUUCUAUGCCCUCGUGGCCUCAUUCUGAGCUGAACCUAUCCUGCUCCUCCAAUAGGGCUUGACCAUCAGCUCCAUCCCACUGCUUUCUCCAUACGAAUAUGGCCGGUCUGCUCUCCACCAGUGUGCUGACAGGUUGACGGUGAUCCGGCACUAUCACUGUGGAAUAGCAGCUUAAAUUUAGGUGCCGUACUUGUAAUUUCACAGCACCUUCCACUGGGUUGGCGCCUGCACUCUGUGCAUGUGCUCACAGGGACAGCGCAUCAAACUGAGCUGACAGGGGAGAGACGUCGAAGCGCGCGGUGGUUAGAGCUUUCCCGAGAGUGGCGGCCUACAGUGCGCUACUCCCCUGGGGUUUUUCCAGUUUAACGAGUCGCUCCAGCCCCCCCUUCUGAGACCCAACAGCAGCUGCUGCCGGUUUCACUCAGCGUGUGGAGAUGCAGGGUUAAGGUGGCACACUGGUGCAGGCAGCACAGGGCACAGGGCACAGGGAUACACCUCGGACAGGAUGCCAGUCCACCACAGGGCAUGCAGACUGUCAUCUGGAUUGUUCCCUAUUUCUGCCUUUGAUGGUGACACCAUUCCCAUCUCGUGCAGUUUUAUUUUGGCUAAGGAGGUCAUAUUAGGUGUUAGACAAGACGUUUUCCAUCUGUCCAUUUUCUAACCACUCAUCCUUGUAGGGGUUAUGGUGUGAACAGGGUGCUGGAGACUCUCGUGGCGGCUCAGGGCACCAGGCUGGGACAGGAUGACAAGAACGUUUUAGUACAAAUGUACCUGCCGAGAGAUAAUGAAGUACCUUUAUCUGACAUUCGUCUGCUCAAGACAUCUGCAUUAAGCCAGUAGGGAAAUACUGCCAGUUUUUGAUGAGAGUUUUUUUUCUUUCUUAAAUUUGACAACCUUUCCCUUGGUGAAGCAGAAAAAGCACAAAAGAAAGAAGUGCACCUUCUGGCUGGCUGGUGUGUGGAAGAAAAGGCUUCUCUGUGGAAGGCAGUGAGUGAGUGCGUGCAUGAGUGCGUGCUUGCUUGAUUGUUUGCUUGCUUGCUUGCUAGUGAAUUUCCCCACAUGCUCCUUUAUUCCGGUACCCUUCUUGGUGAUUUAGGGGGACUGAUCGGAGUAACGGGGACCUGAAUGUUCUCCUGCAUCCGGGCCACAUGCUGCCUCUGGCAAUUCUCAAAACUUUUAUUCCCGGAGGAUCUCACGUGCUUGUCUGUGCCACGCUUACUGGGGUCACGCGAAGAGUCGAUAAUGCGCUGCUGGACCAUGUUGAAUUCGUGAAGGGCCUCUCGGGUUAAUGCUGAGCAACACAGUCAGGAUCGCCUUUGCCUCUUUCAUAUUGCCGUCCCUUUUAAUUGGUGAUGCUGAUGAUUUGGCCGUUUCCUUGGUUACGGGUGCCGGAGUUACUUCGGGUGUGUGGGCUGGCGGUUGGGGUUCAGAGUGCCUGUUUGAAAAUGUCAAGGAAAUUACUGCUUUUUUUGAGCCGGAGCUACUUUGUAAGGUGACACAUCAGACCCCAACGACCCUGUGCCUGCUCAGUGACUUGGGAAGUAACCAUGGCAGCCUGAUAAACUGAUUUACAUAGACCACUUGCAGUAGGGGACCUGGAAGCAUCGGUCCCUGAGAAGGAGAAGAUGACCUUUGUUUCUCAAAAGACUUCAUAUUAAUCCUGAAUUAUAGUGCGAGGAAAUGUCACGCAAAAGAGAACAAAAGGCAGGCUUGUCAGGAAUCUACAGCUGUGGCUCAAUCUGCUGACCCUGUCGUUCCUUCCUACGUUAAUGAAAAAUGUGUUUCUGUAAGAUCCUGGGUGCAUGCAAUACUGCUAGAUACUAAGGACUUUCCUUUGAAAAGUUUUCUGUCCAAAUAUUGAGGGAUCCGCUCUUUUUGAGAGGGAGAGGAUCCCUAAGCCUUCCGUCCGUCAGACGAGCGAGUUGUGAAGCCAAAUAGCUGAAGCAGCAGAGAACCAACCAUUGCAACAGGGCAGACCGGCAGCGCAGGGACCCGGCUUGCGGGCUCUUAAACAGGGAGGCGUAUCCACAGUGCUGGUGAACGGAGCAAGCGGCACCCCCCCCUCCCCCCCCCCCCUUGCUCCCAAACGAGCAGCAUUGCAUCCUGAGCCCCGGGGGCUGAUUUCUGCAGACAAAGGGAGCGCUGGCAUUUCUGUGAGCGCGUGUGAGAGGUAGAGGCAGGUGAGGUAAUUACUGACUAGGGGGGAGAGUGUGGUGAGGUGGGAGAAGGCUACACUGUCAUUAACGGGAAACCCAGGAGCUGACGGAAGCUGCCGGCAAACUGAGGAGGGCUGCGCGUCGACACUGAGCUGCAGGUGCGCAGAGAGGAAGGCUGGACAGGAGAGCUGGGUGACAGGAACAGAACAGCCCCAUGCAGAGGGAGCAGCGACCACGCUUCAGGGCUGGAUUUGCAGGACCAUAGCAACAGGCAGCACCCUUGAUGUGGACUAACCCAGGCUCAUCUGCAAGCUUGGUGGCUGAAAAUGUAACAGGUGUCUGGAGGUGUGAUCCAGCCCCAGGACAUCAGAGAGGGGGGAUGGCAGCCUGUCUGAGGUUAGACUGGCUCGGCCUAGGCCUGAUACUAACAAUGGUAGCCCCCUCCCUGUGCCAGGGCUGCCCACAGCGCUGCGAGUGUGUGCCGCAACUCCGAUCAGUGGCAUGCCCUCAUAAGAGUCUGACGUCCAUCCCUGAGGGCAUCCCCAAUGAGACACGGUUGCUCGACCUGAGUCAGAAUCGCCUCCGCUGGAUUGAGCAUGGUGAUCUGGACCCCUACUCGCAGCUGGAGGAGGUGGACCUGAGUGACAACAUCAUCAGCGUGCUGGAGCCUAAUGCUUUUUCCAGCCUGCGUGACCUUCGUGUGCUACAGCUGCGUGGCAACCAGCUCAAGCUGGUACCUAUGGGUGCAUUUUCUCGGUUAGCUAACUUGACCACACUGGACCUGAGCGAGAACAAGAUAGUCAUCUUGCUGGACUUCACCUUCCAGGAUCUAUGCAGUCUGCGUCACCUGGAGGUGGGGGACAAUGACUUGGUGUACAUCUCCAACAAAGCCUUCAUAGGUUUACUGGGGCUGCAGGAGCUCACCAUUGAGAGGUGCAAUCUGACCUCUAUCUCUGGCCAGUCCUUGUCCUACUUGCGUAACCUGGUCACCUUGCGGUUGCGGCAUCUCAGCAUCCCUACCCUGGAGGACCAGAACUUCCGCAAACUGGCCAGCCUGCGGGGGCUGGAGAUUGACCACUGGUCCUUUCUGGAGUACAUAUCUCCUUUGAGCUUCCAGGGCCUCAACCUGUCCUGGCUAUCCAUCACAUACACAAACAUCACCUCGGUUCCUUCUGCCUCCUUCCGCAACCUGGCCCACCUCACGAGCCUCAACCUCUCGUACAACUCCAUCUCCAUGCUGGGACCCUGGGCUUUCCGGGACCUGGUGCGUCUGAAAGAGCUCCACCUGGUCAGCACCAACCUAGUGUCUGUAGAGCUCAAUGCCCUAAGUGGCCUGAGGCAACUCCGCAUGCUUAACUUAUCAGGCAACGAGCUCCUCACACUGGAGGAAGGUGCCUUCCAUUCCGUCAACAGCCUGGAGACACUGCGUGUGGACAAAAAUCCAUUAGCCUGUGACUGCCGCCUGCUGUGGAUCCUGCAGCGUCGCAAGACGAUCAACUUUGACGGCCAGGCUCCUGUGUGUGCCAGUCCUGCGGAGGUGCAGGGGAAGGCCUUCAGCGCAUUCUCAGACUCUGCGCUAUUCGACCGCUUCACCUGCCAGAAGCCCAAGAUCCGCAACCGCAAAAUGCAGCAGGUAACGACGCGAGAGGGCCAGCCCGUGUCCUUCCUGUGCCGGGCCGAGGGGGACCCGGCACCGGCCAUCUUUUGGAUCUCCCCGCAGAGGCGCAGGAUCACAUCUAGGAGCAGCGGACGUAUCACGGUGCUGCCAGGCGGGACGCUGGAAAUCCGCUACGCCCAGCUCACUGACAGCGGCACCUACAUUUGCAUAGCCAGCAAUGCGGGCGGAAACGACACGUACUUCGCCACACUCACUGUGAAGGGGCUGCCGCUGGACGCCGUCGCCAUGGCCAACCGCAGCUACUAUGCCGGCGACCUCAACGAUACUAACCAAAACGACACGCGCGUCUUCCUUAAGUUUACACUGGACCUCAAAACCAUCCUGGUGUCCACGGCCAUGGGCUGCAUCACCUUCCUGGGUGUGGUGCUCUUCUGCUUCCUUCUGCUCUUCGUGUGGAGCCGUGGACGCGGGCAGCACAAGAACCACUUCUCUGUUGAGUACUCCUUCCGCAAAGCAGACGGUCCCUCUGCAGGUGGGGGCCAAGGAGGGGCACGCAAGUUCAACAUGAAGAUGAUCUGAAGCAAUACGAUGAUGUUCCGACUCCGCCAGGAGCCCCGAGGGCCUCUGGAGCCGCCAUGCACGGCUCUGACUUGCAGAAGCCAAUGUAAACACAAGGGUGCUCGGCUUUGUGGGUCGUGUCAGUCGAUUUUGUCGCUGACGGUUCCGGAAACUCGUUAUUUCGCCGUGCCUCUGAUUUUCGUGGGCAGCUUGAAGUGCAGACAGGUUUUUGUGUAAUUAGCCACUUUUCAUAACCAAACUAUGACUAUUAUUUAUGGUUUAUCUAAGAGACGUUUAUUGCUAUUUUGUUGUGUCUUGCUCCCUCAAACCCUUUCAGAUAUUGAAGUCAUAUAUGUUCAGUAGUUCUUUGAUUAAAUGAAAGAAAGCACACUUGUCAGUCCUUUGAGGCAUGGGUAGUAAGGGUGAGCACUGUUGCUCCGUUUGUUUUUAUCUUUCCCUUCUGAAGGAUUUUACUGUUGACAAUUUUAAGGCAAUAGAAGCUCUCUCUCUUGUAUAAUAUCUGGCCACUGGCUGAACCCUUUCAAUACCCUUCUACUUCGUGUCAUAUUGGUUUGCCAAGAUUCAUUCGAAACAAUAAAGUUAUUUCUCAGCACUGCAAUUAUGUAAAUGAUUGUGAGAGCAGCUUCGUCUCAGACACCCCAGAUGGGAUCGAGGGAGCCUGAAGCUCAUGCUCUUGUUGACAGUAACAGUAUGUGACGAGUCCACAGCUCUGCAAAGCCCCAUCACAUUCACACUGCGCUGCCUCUGUAGGCUAACCUCACAGGGCUACGUCUUCAGAAUCCCCUUUGAACCUCUACAUAUUUUUUAGCAGCCAAAGAUAUACAUGUAUCAUUGCACGUGAACGCACAAUGGGUAAAAUAUCUUAUUGAACCCAGUCGAAUUAUGAUGGAAUAGAGUUUAUUUCCAUGCAGGUUAGGCAAACAGAUAGAUUAUAGAUGAGAUGGUGUUGGUUAUACUGUAUGUAAUACAGCCAGGUUAAUGUCUGCAAUCUCACCGGUGAAUUGAAAUGGCUUUGCUGUACUUCAUGCAUAGCUUAGGCAUCAAUGGACAUGAGACCCUCCAUAAUGGAUGUAAGCUAAGCACCAACAUCAGCACUGAAGAAGCAAUGCAUUCAGGUUCAUAAAUGCUUAUGUGCUCCACCAAACCUACCAGCUAACACCAAGCAUUUGAUUAUGCAGGGAAAAGCUCUUAAUAACUGGUAAUCUCCUUUUUCCAGAUAGACUACAUAAACAGACUACAGUGCAUUUUCGGAUGCUUUUAGUAUGGUAAUGUUAUUUUCUGUUUGUCCCUUUUUAGAUAGAAUAUGAUGUUACCUAAUGCAAUUAUUUUGCUUAUCUGUACUAAAUUGCUUCUGUAAUUGUAUAGAAAAUUACUUGAACAGAGAAAAAUAAAACAACCAGCAGUAAAA